AUAGACCGUGCCUUUUUACCUUUUGAUUUAUCUUCUCAUCUUUUUGGUUGUCGGUCGGCUACCCCAGGAAAGGGUGGUUUUUGUUAGAAAAUGGUAGACAGGGAUCCAGGUUCACCUACCUGGAAGUUCACGCAAUGCUUCGGUGAUAAGGGCGAUGUGGAGGAUAUUACGGAAGCUGAUAUUAUCUCAACCGUUGAAUUCGACCAUACCGGGAACUAUCUGGCUACGGGAGACAAGGGCGGCAGAGUAGUGUUAUUUGAGAGAAACGAAACGAAAAAAACCUGCGAGUAUAAGUUUCACACCGAGUUCCAGUCGCACGAACCGGAAUUCGAUUACCUUAAAUCCCUAGAGAUCGAAGAGAAGAUCAACAAGAUAAAAUGGUGUAGAAGGCAAAAUUCCUCGCAUUUCCUCCUUUCGACCAACGACAAGACGAUAAAGCUGUGGAAGGUGUUCGACAAGUCGCUCAAGGUCGUCGCUGAGAACAAUCUUUCGAAUGAACUCACCCCGGCCAGCGUGAGUGGUGGCGGCGGGGCGCCUCGCCCCCCACGUUUAUCGUUCAAGGAUCCCUCGGCAUUGAAGCUGCCUCGAAUGACGCACCAUGAUACCGUUGUGGCCGCCGUGCCGCGUCGGACGUACGCCAAUGCACACGCAUACCACAUCAACAGCAUCUCGGUCAACAGUGACGGAGAGACCUUCUUAAGCAGCGACGAUCUCCGGGUCAACCUGUGGAACUUGAACAUCCAGGACCAGAGCUUCAACAUCGUCGAUAUCAAGCCCGCAAACAUGGAGGAGCUGACGGAAGUCAUUACGGCGGCUGAAUUCCAUCCCACCAGCUGCAAUUGGUUCAUGUACGCGAGCUCGAAAGGAACGAUCAAGCUGGCGGACAUGCGCCAGCGCGCUUUGUGCGACGAGCACCAGAAACAGUUCGAACAGGAAGAAGAUGCCUCCUCCCGCUCAUUCUUCUCGGAGAUCAUCUCGUCCAUCUCGGACGUACGGUUCUCGAACGACGGUCGCUACAUCGUGUCCAGGGACUACCUGACCGUGAAGAUUUGGGACGUCAACAUGGAGAGACAGCCGGUGAAGACGAUUCCGAUCCACGAACAUCUGCGGCCCCGUCUCUGCGAUACGUACGAGAAUGAUAGCAUCUUCGACAAGUUUGAAGUGGUCUUCUCCGGCGAUGCUGAAAAUGUCAUGACCGGAAGCUACAACAACAAUUUUAUGAUCUACCCCACAGACCCCGCCAAGGAGACGGAGAUUGUACUGCAGGCGGACAAGUCGGCUUUCAAGGCGAAGAAGGUCGGCGUUCCCACGCCGAUGAACAAGGGGGCCAAUGGAAAGAAGAGCAACUCCCGGUCCGGCAGCCCGACCGGGCCUGGCAGUCGCAUGAAGAAGGAGACGGACGCGGAGCAGAUCGAUUUCAAUAAGAAGAUCUUGCACAUGAGCUGGCAUCCCUACGAGGAUAGCAUUGCCAUUGCUGCGACCAAUAACCUAUUCGUCUUCUCCGCCUUGUAAGUACGUGACAGGUAUGGGUUGUCCUCAGCGGGCAAGCGUGUCGAUCGGUGGCCAGCAUGGGCCAGAUAUAACGAAGAAUAAAAAAAAAGAGGUUACUAGCAGCAGCAUUUCCAAAUCCAGAAUUCAAGUUGCCAGUUCAUGUUAUCCGUUUU